UCACCACAACCCAGAAAUCAUACUUCAAACUCAGUAACCUAUUCCCCCAGUAUCACUGAAGCGUCAAACAAUCAAAUUCCAUGUCACAAAAAGCCUGUCCCAACGGGGCUGCUAAUAGCCUUGAAUGGCCCUCACAAGACACUGCCAUAUCCAAGAUGGAUCAAUGUAAAUCACAGAUUGUUGGCUGUUUUGAUUAUCUCAAAUUCAGUCUUAUUGCCAUAUUUAUUGGAGAGCUAACAAGUAUUGUGUGCUUAGUUAUCCUCUACGAGUCCUGGCUAGCGUUUUCCAUCUUCAUUUCUGUUGCCUGGCGUUCUCGCCUUGAUGUGAGGAAAAUAAGAGGCCUUUGGUUUGGCAUGGUUGCUGCCAACUCCGCCCUGCUUCUUUACAAAGGCACAAGGAUUGGACAAGACAAACAGCAAAUUCGAACAUUUAUGUUUCCCUGGGCUAUUCAGUUCUUUGUUGCCUUCCUCUGCGGGAUGGUAUCUUUACAGACAUUGGACGGUGAGCGUGGAGGUUCAGCAAGCAAGGGAGAAUCAGCAGGCAAGGACAAGUCUUUGGCUGUACCGCAGAAAAGGGAUCUCAAGAUGUGUUUGACUCGCCUCAUCCCUGCCUCUAUCCUUCUGCUCAGCCUAGGGCUGGCAGCAACCAUUGGCACGAGCAGCGCCAUUAGCGCGAACAGCGCCGUCAUCAUCUACGGUUCGUUUGGCGGCUUCUCCGCCUACUACAUCUGCAGGCGCCUCAACGUCCCAGAUUGCGAGGUACUGGCCUUGGUCGUUGCCUCGGGAACCAUGGCCGUCUUCACCUUGCUGAACCGGGCCGGUGCCGUCAGUGUCUCCCGCCGCGACGGGGGGAAACCACACGAUGCACAUGUUUGACUUCUUCCACAAGUACCUUGAAGACAACGGCGAGGGCCACGUCCACCUGCCGCACGACAUGUUGGAGGACCGCAACGAGACCAACAUCCACAGUCGCC